UUCAGUUUCUUAUCAAUACUUCAAAUAUGGGGUUUUUUUGUUUUGUUUCAUAGCAACUUGCCAAAGCAGGUUGGAAUGUGUGAAGCAUUAACAGGAACUAUUUUUCUCUGUGGGUUCCCGCAUGAGAGCUGCUCUUUGAGAGACAGAGUACAAGAGAACAGCUUACUUAACUUCUGCAAUUCUACAUGGUAUCGGGAAAAGUUUUUUUUUAAAAGGCCGGUUAGCAGGGAAAGCCUUAGAUUCCACCUCUUCUACAUUGGGCUCUUGCUCUGUGAGGGCACCAUAACUCAAAGUUGAAGAGGACCGAGAGAAGCUUGUCCAUGAAUACUUUGCACAUUGUCUACAUCAUCGUUGAGGUGCUGAUAGCAGUGACUGCCACCUUAGGAAAUGCUCUAGUGAUCUGCGUGGUGAGACGGAUCCCAGCCUACCAGAACACCACUUUUUACUUCAUCGUGUCCUUGGCACUGGCUGAUAUUGCCGUUGGGGUCCUUGUUGCCCCUCUGGCCGUUGUGCUGAGGUUGGAGGUUGUUCUCCACUUCUACGCUUGCCUUUUCAUCUGCUGCAUCUUGAUGAUCUUUUGUCACGCUUCCAUCAUGUCCCUGCUCGCCAUUGCAACAGACCGAUAUCUGAGAGUGAAACUGGCCAUACGAUACAAAGCAAUGGUCACACGGAGAAGAAUCUGGGCGGCUCUGAGUUUCUGCUGGAUCACGUCUCUGUUGGUGGGGCUUGUGCCCAUGAUUGGAUGGAACCUAAGGAAGCCUGAAAACCCCAUCUACUUGAAGUGUUCUUACCCAAAGGUGAUGAGCAUGGAUUACGUGGUGUACUUCAGCUUCUUCUCCUGGAUCCUUGUCCCACUGCUGGUCAUGUGUGCUCUCUACUCCGAGAUCUUCAACAUCCUCCAAACAAAGCUGAAACAAAACACAACAUCCAUGAAAGGAACACGGAUCCUUUAUGGGAGGGAGUUCAAGAUGAUCAAAUCUUUGGCUCUGGUCCUCUUCUUGUUCAUUGUGUGCUGGCUGCCUCUGCUCAUUAUCAACUCCAUCUCACAUUUCUGCCAAACAUGUCGUGUUCCCCUGCCGAUGUUAGAUGUGGCCAUCCUGCUCUCCCAUGCCAAUUCUUCCCUAAAUCCCAUUGUGUAUGCCUUGAGGAUCAAAAGGUUCCGAAAAAUGUAUAUCCUGAUUUUGAAAACCCAUGUCUUCUGCCUGAAACAAGAACCAGACACAUCUAAAAUGGAGAACAUGUCCUCGGAUCAGGUGAUAGAAGAAAGUAUCUGAAAAAACACUGAAAGAGUAUUUCCUCACCAAAAGUCCUUGUUUUCUUCCUUCCACAGUGUGAGUAUUUAAUAUGACUGAAUGAGAGACUCCAAGAUAGUUGGAACACUGUAAAUUCCAUGCCCUCCCACAUUUGUUAGAUAACAUUUGAUUUCAUUACUUUAAUACUAUGAAAAAUGUAGGUCUGUUUGUUGCAGAAUAAAGAAACCAAUGAAAACAGGCCACUUUCAUAGGU